UACUAUUGUAGCGACCAAAACAUACGCAACGAAUAUUCUCGAAUGUUCUCGUUAUCAAAAACCUUCGAGAAACUUCGAUAACGCCAUAAGAUAACCUACGCGGGUAUAGAAUAUUCUAGAAUUAGCGAGAGCCUUAUCGGAGCUAUAUAUAUAUCGGAAGAAUCAGUCAGUUAGUUAGUUCAGUUCAGACUGUCUAGUCCGCGAUACGCUACACGACCGCUACACCCCGCCGCUGUUGUCAUCGUGUAUUAUGUUUACUUCGAUUAUUUUAUUUUUCCUUACUGUAUAUACAUAUAUUUUCUUUUAGUGUUUAUACGUCUAUUUUAGUGUUAUAAUUUUGUUUAAUAAAAGUCUACCGCCAUUUAAAUAAUUGUGUGUUGUAAGAUAUAACCCACAAUAAUAAAUAAUAUUAUUUUACAGCUACCCAAAAAUUUUUCUGGAUCAAUAGUAAAUUGAUGAUUAUCAAGUUUCUUCGUCUUCUGAGAUUUAUUCUUUAUGCUGUUCAAGUUGCAACAAGUUUUGCAAUAGUCAUGAUAGAAAGGUUGAUUGAGCAUUUUAAUCGCAAUGUGAAUUUCAAUGAUAAUAUUCCCUAUAUGGAAUAUUACGUGGAUGCAGAAAACCAAACAAUAAAUGAGCAACAAAAUUUCCUAACUUCAACAAAUGAAGUCGUUGACCAAGUGAACAUUUCUGAUACCAAUGAUUCACCAUUCAUUGAAUCGAAUGGUCAAAAUGCAUCACUCGUGCCCAUCGAAAAUGACAAUACUACAACGAAGCAACAUCAGAUAACUCAGGUCACAGAAGAUGAAAAAAGAUUUAUGAUGAAAGAUAUGCCAAAGUUUAACUUGAUUAUAAACCACUUGAUUAUAAAUCCUCUAAGAGUGCUUUACACUUCUAAAGAUUAUCUUUUUUUGGCUAAAGUGAAUGAAGAAAAAUCCAUUAGGUCACUUGAAAGACGCAUAAAUGCGUUUUACAGUUCCUAUGAGGAAAAAACGUACGCCCCACAACUGGAUGAGCUAUGCGUUAUUAAAUAUAACGACGGUAAGUGGUACAGAGGCAUUUGUAAAGCUAUUAAUGAUGAUUUUAAUGGAAAAUCGACUUUUUUUAUAUCAUUGCUUGAUUGGGGCGAGUUUAUUAAUGUAAAUGCUAACAAUAUACGUAAAAUACAGCCAUUUUGUACUCAACACACACCUUUAGCAAUUAAAUGCGUUCUUAGAGAUUUGAAACUUUCACGUGUUCCGAAGAAAAUCUUAUGGAAACUUUCAAACAAAGUUUUCAAUUGCAACAUACUUGCUAGAAUUGGACCAAAUUAUUAUGAAAUUAAAUCAAGGCAGAUAAUUAGCUUAUUUAAUAAAUAAAUAUUAAUUAGUUUCAUCUAGUCAGCACUUUAUAUUUAACCCGCUAAUAUAAUUUACAUGUAAUUAAUUUUUAGAGAAAAUUUCUCAAUUUCUUAUUAUAUUCUU